UGACAAGUGAAAGUCGGCUGAAUUCGUGCGCUACUUCGGAUGCACGCAUUGUUGCUGGCUACCACUCUGUUAGUUUCGCUCAAACGUGUCGGUCGCCAAGUUACCCACUUGCCCCAAAUACUGUGCAUUUUCGUUUCUGUCUUUCACACUCUCGAAAAUUCAUCAGUGAAAUAACAUUCUAUCAAAUCGAACAAAGAUGAAGGACCUGAAGUUCUUUCUGCUGCUGUUGUUGCCCAUCAUCAUUUGCACCUUCUCCUCACCAAACAAAUUUGGUGCAUACGCCGCCGAGCCUGUGGAAGAUGAUCUCGUUGAUGUGGAUAGCGAUGAGGGCGCCGUAACAGGCGAGGAUGCUGAGCCGGAUGAGGAUCCGGAUAGCGGCAGCAGCAGGACCUCCCCGAAUGCCGACACCUAUUUACUAUUCACGAAACCAUUGCAUACGGCCGGACAGCAAUUGGAUCUGCCCGGUGGCAAGCCGGUUGAGUUUUUGAUCGGAUUCACGAACAAGGGCGAGGAGGAGUUUGUCAUUGAAACGGUGGAGGCAUCCUUCCGUUAUCCCAUGGACUUUAAUUACUUCAUACAGAACUUCUCGGCGGUUGCAUACAAUCGCGAAGUGAAACCUGGCUUCGAAUCGACCGUCUCCUAUACGUUCAUGCCAUCCGAUCAGUUUGCUGGCCGUCCCUUUGGCCUGAACAUUGAGCUGGCUUACCGUGAUGCCAAUGGCAUUCAAUACAACGAGGCUGUGUUCAAUGAGACGGUGCUGAUCUCCGAAGUUGACGAGGGUCUGGACGGCGAGACAUUCUUCCUGUAUGUGCUGCUUGCUGGAAUUGCUGUGCUCCUACUGGUCAUUGGUCAGCAAUAUCUGUUGGGCAGCUCCGGCAAGCGUAAGCGUGCCGCCGCCAAGAAGGUCAUCGAGACCGGCACCGCCAACGAUAGCAACAUUGAUUACGACUGGGUGCCACAGGAGACACUCCGUGCGCUGCAGAAAUCGCCGCCCAAAUCGAAAACGCCAAAAACAUCACCCAAGCCGGGCAAGCAGGCUAGUCCCAAGGCCAGCCAACAGCAAAGCCCCAAACAGCGCAAAGUGAAGCGUUCCGCGGGCGAUGAUUAAAGACUGCAACCCAAGUACCCAAUACAACCAACUCACACACCCCCCUCUUCACACACACACACACACACACACACACACCAACCAACCAACAUAUACAUCCAUAAAAUAACAUCAAUCGUACGUGUCGCAGUCGUAAUAUUAUAAAUAAUUAAUAAUACGUGUUUUUUUUUAUAUUGAAAAUAUAGAGAUUUUUAGUGGUUAACUGACAGAAAUUGUGACAGCUGUGGCUUGUGCUGUUCAUUUAUUUUUUUAAAGUUAGUCUCUUUAAACAACUGUAAACAUAUUUGGCCAAUUGGUUGUUUCUUAUAUCAAUUCCGGGUUUAAUUCUUUUUUACCUUUCGACCUAAACUGCCACUGCACAUUAAUAUAUACAUAUAAUAAUAUAUAUAUAUAUAUUAUAUUCCCAAAACAGAGAUCAGAAAUGGGCCCGCUUUCAUGGCGCGCCGCAUAAUUCUCUUCGUUUGAUGAAGAGUUCUCGGCGCGAACAAAUAAUAAAAAAUGAAAAACCUUCCAAUUGUACGAUAAA